AUGCAAAACUCAAGCAAAAGAGGCAUUUCAAUCCAGAAAGGGAGAAAGAACACAAGGCAUACCUUGUUAUCACCGCCGUACACGGUUGCCGAAAAUCACCUAGCUCACGAAAAUAUCUUUUCAUGCCUUGCCGGAAAUCGCUCCGCCGUACCUGAACCUUAUCGGAAAUCGCCCUUGCUCGUCUACUCAAAUCUCUCGAAAAUUCCAAGUGCUCACUCAUUCAGCCCUCCACAAUCUUUUAAAGGCAUACGAAGGACCCCUCGAUUCUUGCUCCAAGCAAUAACUCAUCAUACUGUUAGGACGCCUCGAUUUCCACUAACAAACGUUUCUAUACCACUGCCACAUGGCACUCAUGACGUCACAACUUCCCUUCCGAAGGCUCCCUUCCGAAGCGUGAAAAGAAUCGCGACCCGUGAUGACGUCACAACUUCUCUUCGGAAGGCUCCCUUCCGAAGCGUGAAAGGAAUCGCAACCCGCGAUGACGUCACAACUUCCCUUCAGAAGGCUCCCUUCCGAAGCAAAGAGGGACUCGCGACACACGAUGACGUCACACCUUCCCUUCGGAAGGCAUGA